UCGCGGCUGCCCGCAUCGGAACUAGACUCGCAUCACGUAAAUUUUCUCAGUCUUCCUUAUGAGCUUCGUCUAGACAUAUACGAGCUACUGCUCCUGGCCCCGGACCCUAUCGUCGUGUCCAACCGCAGACGUCAACUUUACGUGAGGGUCGAGCCACCCGAACACCAGAUCGCCUAUCUGCGUGCCCCUCGACCGAGGCCCCGUGUAGUGACGCUCGCGUGCAGAAACCCCCACGUCGAAAUCUUGCGGACAUGCAAGCAGAUAAACCAUGAAGCUACUCCCGUCCUUUACCGCAAAAAUAGGUUCAUCGCCGGCCUGCAACUGAGGAGAAAGACGGAGGCUAGGGCCGAACUCACAGACCUGGCUGGCUUCUUUCUUUACUCGUUGCGCCCUUCAACAUUGCUCCAGCUUUCCGCCAUCAACUUCCGAGGUGCCUGCCAUUGCAACCAAUGGCUUGCCUUGUCAGCCGGAGCUGGGUAUGCUACUACCGGCUACGAGCUGAGUAGCACGUGUCCUGGUGGUUGGGACUACCUCUCAAAGGCGUGCUUGGUGAUCAGCAAUGCCCUGUCGAGUUUUAACAAAGGUAGGACACCUAUUCCCUUGCCCUCCAAGUCCUUGUGCUAA